AUGGCUUCAUCUCGUAGUUCCCUUUUCCUUGUGCUUUGUAUCUUCUUAGCCUUAGACACAUUUGCAUUGGGUGGGAAUUUCUACGAAGAUUUUGACAAUUUAUUUGGAGAUAUAAGGGUUGACAUAAAAGAUGAAGGCAAAAGCAUGACCCUCACAAUGGACGAAUAUUCUGGCUCAGGCAUUGUAUCAAAGAAUGAGUUUUUGUUUGGACGUUUUGACAUGCAAAUCAAGCUUGUUCCAGGGAACUCUGCGGGAACUGUCACAGCCUUUUACCUAAGCUCUCAAGGAUCAAACCAUGAUGAGAUUGAUAUUGAGUUUUUGGGCAACUUGUCUGGUGAUCCUUAUCUGCUCUCAACUAAUGUAUAUGCCGAUGGUGUUGGAGGUCGUGAGAUGCAGUUCUAUCUUUGGUUUGAUCCAACAGAGGACUUCCACACUUAUUCAAUUGAUUGGAACCCUGAACGCAUAAUAAUCUUGGUGGAUAACAUUCCCAUUAGAGUUAUGAAAAACCGGCAAGCCCUUGGUGUCCCAUUCCCUACAAAACAACCCAUGAGGCUUUACACUACUCUUUGGAAUGGAGAUUCUUGGGCAACAAGAUGGGGGGCAGUGAAGCUUGAUUUGUCAAAUGCUCCAUUUGUGGCAGGCUUCAAAAACUUCAAUGCUUAUGCUUGUGUUGCAAAUAGGGGUAGAAGUUGCAAGGGUUUCAAUGGUGGCAAAAAUAAAGGUCUUGAUGAAGAAAGUAGGCAAAAAAUGAGAAAGGUUCAUUCAAAAUGGGUAGUUUAUGAUUAUUGCCGUGAUUUAAGACGUUAUGCUCAUGGUCUUCCAUAUGAAUGCCGCAAGGAUAACCUACUGGAAUCUGAAUAG